UUAAACAGAUCAACGGUGGGUUGUAAGAAGUCCGGCUAGAGCCAGUAGAUCCAUUGGUAUUCUAGUCUUCUUCCUGAAAACCCUAGCAGGGGGAGCACGGUUUCUACUUUCUAGUUUCCACCUCCCAGACGCCCUGGCCUUCGAACAUCUCCAAAAGAGCUGAAAACACAGUCGAAGCAGGCGGCAUACGAAGGAAGAUCAACAACAGCGCCAAAAGCCAUGGCGGCACCUGAAUCUCCUGUCUGUUAUGUGGGUGUCGCCAGGCAGUCCGCUGCUUUCCGCCUCAUGAAGCAAAUGGGCUGGGAAGAAGGAGAAGGUCUAGGAAAAGACAAGCAGGGGAUCAAAGGACAUGUUAGAGUCCAAAACAAGCAGGAUACCGUUGGCAUCGGUGUAGAGAAACCAAACAACUGGGCAUUUGACACUACACAAUUUGAUAAUAUUCUUAAGAGGUUGAAAGUGCAAGCAGUGCAAUCCUAUGGCACAGGCAUAGAGAAAAAAACCACCAAGGUAGACACUGAGACUAGUGUCGCCAGCGAUCAUCCUGACGCAGUUUCUAAAGCUACUAGACCUCAAGGAAGAUACAAGAGAAGAGAGAGAGGGAAGCUUGUCUCUGAAUAUUCUCUAAAGGAUCUUGAAGGAAUCCUUGUUAAAAAGGGUGAAGUGUCAAGGUCAAAUGAUGAUUCUGAUGGUGAGCUGGACAUGUCACAGACAUUUAACAGUCAAUAUUUUCAAGUUGAAGAGAGCAAAGUUUGCACUAUCCCUCCAGAAUGGUGGGGCUACAAGUUUGGAUUUGUCUCUGGUGGUCUUCUUGGAGCUGAGUCUGGGAGGAAAAAGUUGUGCACAUCCGAAGACACAAGUAGUUUUGAAAGAACUGCUUUUCAUGAAGAUGAUCAAGAGAAGCUCUACAGUCUGGUCCAAGACAAAUCAACAACUGGAAAGCAAGGAUUGGGCAUUAAAGACAGGUCCAAGAAAGUUGCUGGAUGCUACUUUGAGGGUAAAAAGACCACAUUUAAUGAUAGUGAUGAUGACGAUUCUGCUGAUAUUGGUUCUCAAGAAAAACAAUCUGGUGACAUACUUAAGGAAGAAAAGAGUGAUGGAUCCAGAGUGAAGCUGAAAAAGCUUUGUAGACAGAUUUUACAAAGGGUGCCUGGAGAAUCGUUGAAACUGAGACAACUUAAAAUUCUUAUUGAUGAUCAUUCAUCUUCUGUUCUCUCUGAUUUUUCUUCCAAGAAAGAUGCAGUUGCUUACAUGAAGCAAAAGCUGGAAGGGAGUAAAAGGUUUUGCAUUGAAGGAAGAAGAGUGAGAUUGGCAUCUAAGAGAUGCUGAAUAUUCAAUUUUGCAAAAUACUGACACCUCUUUCCUUGUUUUUUCGUUUUAUUUUUGUUGGUUCUCUUUUCUUUUUCUUUGUUUUUUUUGGGGGGGGCGGGUUGUGGGUCGUUAAAGCCCAUGACGAUGCCUCUCCUUAUGUUACAGCCAGGAGAUUAAAUUUUGUUACCAUGGCCGUGUUUGAGGGAAUGUUGUAUCGGAUUGAUGAUUACCUUAAUAAACCAUUUCUUUGUAUUCUUUUUUC